CUUGACGCUCUGCCAUAAAACCGCGGCGUGUCUUCUGGAGUUAAGGGAUUCCCAAACCGUUGCUUCAUCACCUCGAACACUCAACAGCUAUCAUGGGGGUUAUCAUCAUUGAGAGUCUGGAGGAUUUCCAGGCUGAACUGAAGAAGGCCGGAGACAAGCUGGUGGUGGUGGACUUCACAGCCACCUGGUGCGGCCCCUGCAAGAUGAUUGGCCCAGAAUUCCAUAAUCAAUCAACUCUUCCUGAGAACGCAAACGUGGUUUUCCUGCAGGUGGACGUGGAUGACGCUGAUGAAGUGAGUUCAUAUUUGCAAGAUCGGCUGCAUGCCCACAUUCCAAUAUUACAAGAAUGGAUCAAAGGUGGACGAGUUCUCUGGAGCCAACAAGAUUCAAUGAUCCAGAAACUGAAAGCUUGAGGACAUAGACAUCUACCGAGCAAUCCACCCACACAUCCUCAUUGUAUAAAACCCACAGAAACCAAUAUCGCCCUCUGUACAUGUUUGUGAAAUCCCAGUUUCACGUAACGUACAAAAUCCAUUACGUCUUCUGUUCCUCUCAGUAAUGGACAUAAUAAUUUAUUCCACUCAUCAUGUCUUGUUGACAUACUGUAAUACUGUUAAUUCAGUGUGCGUAUUACCUGACAGAAGUUUGAUUAAAGCAUGAUGACCAAUUUUAAUUCUGUUUUAUAUGAGAUUGGCUUUGCUCCUGACUCUGGAACUUUCUUUGUAUGUUGUGUUUAAGGUGGAUUUAAUAAUUAAAUAAAUGCUAAGUUACAGGAACUUUUA